GAUGUCGUUUAACGUGUGUACCUUUCUUCAACUGGCCGUCUUUGUUGCCAUUGUAUUUAAUGUCAACCUACAUCCAGUUUCUGCUGAAUCCAAUGGACAAAGUUCCUCUUCCAGUUCUGGAAAGUCAAUGAAGGUCGAUUUUUGUGAGACAAACUGUACAGAGAAAGACGGAGUGUGGAGCGAGUGCACUGGCGAGUGCUUCUGUGUACAUGUUGGCGACAGCAAAGAAGGUCGCUGCAUGCAUGUGAUUAACUGACUUGGGCACCCCAUCAGAAGACCGAACUUAACCGCCCUCGACGCUGACCGAACUAGCCCCAUGCUCCCGAAGAGAAA